UGUCCUCAUUCAUAAUAUAAUAAUAUGGAACACUGGUGACUCCUUUAUUUCCCUGUUCUGUAGUGUGGGGUGUACUUCACUAUGCAGUUGAAAUUAUUGAUAUGGGUAUUAGCUGCAGCAUCAGCAUCAUGCAGCAAUAUCCAAUUCUACAGGAAAGACUACAAAUACUAUCCAAACUUCGAUGCCCAUUAUAAAUUACAUUUGCUACCAAACGGAGUUUCCUCAUGGAACGACGCAUUCUUCACAUGCGACCAAGAAAGCUCCCAGCUGUUUUAUCCAGAAAAACCUGACGAAUGGACCAUCGUGACCAACUUGACUGAGUCUGCUCUAGAAAUGUAUAAUAUUACAGAUAUAUAUGUUGGAAUACAUAAGGAUAGUAUUGGGGAAUUUCUUACUGUUAAUGGUCAAUCAACACCGUCGUCUUUACAAAACGAGCUACAAGUAACAAAUGAAGAAUUAUGUGUUACCAUGGACAUAGAAUCUGGCGAUCUCAGAACUGACCACUGCUUCACACAUCCGGAUGACAGCCCGAAGGGGUUCGUUUGUAAGAAAGUAGAGGACGUAUACUGUCCUACCAUCGAUCAUUCUUAUAUCUACUACAAGGAGACGAGGAAAUGUUAUAAAGUAAAUCAGCAUUCACAAACUUGGUGGAAAGCAUCGCAGACUUGUUUCAUGGAAGGUGGUCUACUCGUAGUCGUCGAAAGCAUCACCGAAGCACAGAUUGUGCAAUCAUUUUUAGAUUCAGAUUUGUAUUUUUCCGGAUUUAGAAAAAUCAUGCCAGACAGCGAUUUUUAUACUCUUAAAGGUUCCAAAGUUUCGGAGAAUUUUUUCAAUCGUUACAGCGAUGAAAAUGGAAUGUGUGGAGUCAUUUCCAAUCGAAACAGUAAUUUGUACACGUUGUCUGCAGACUGCAAUAGCAUGAAGAAAUUCGUCUGCGAAAUGGCAGUUCCAAACUAACUGAAAUUAUAAGUGAGGGAACAUCAAUUAAUAAUAAUAAUGUAAAGAAA